UUAGAGCCGAUCACAGAAAAAACGAAGAGAUUGAAAGAUGAAGACCUCCGUGGCUGUGUUGACUUUCUCCCUCUUCUACCUUAGUCUGGCUGAGGAGCAUCUGUCUCCUACUGAACCAGGCAACAGUAGCCACCUGCUACCAGCCAACAAGAAUGACUCCAGACUUUUUACUUUAAGAAAACUAGAUCCCGAACUGAUAAACACUGAGAAACAACUAGAGUAUCUGAGGGUAGUGGUCCAAGGUAAUGGAGUGGCGUUUGGAGCAGCAAUGGGCGAUGUUAGAAAUGUUGGACCGUUUAACGUUGACGUGACACUGACCUACAGGAACGUCUUCUUCAACACAGGCGCAUACAAACCUGGAACAGGUAUUUUCACUGCUCCAGUCAAAGGAGUUUAUUACUUCAGCUUCACUGGCCAUAAUCUAUCAACCAGAAACAUGGGGCUGGGACUGAUGAAGAACGGAGAGCAGAUGGUUUAUUUGUUUAACAGUGCAACUGGAAACCGCUACGAGACAGCAUCCAAUGCCAUGACUCUACAGCUUGAAGUGGGAGACCAGGUGUACAUAAGACUCCAUCAAAGCACCUGGAUACAUGAUAAUCCCAGUGGCCUCAGCACCUUCAAUGGUCAUUUGUUAUUCCCUUUGCAAUGAUUGUGGUUGCUAUCUAACCUGAUGAAAGAAGGCUCCACAUUUUCCACUCUUAUAAUUACAGAAUAACAAUUGCCUAUAAGUGAUCAAUCACUGUGAUGUGGGUACUUUGAUAACUGUAAUUCUAUUGGUAUUUUGUUUGCCAUUAUAAGGCGUUAUUGUUAAUAAAAUGACACAAGUUUAAAAACUGCACAAUGACACAUUAUUUUAUAGUUUAAUUGUGUUACAGUACUUGAAAUAAACAUUCAUUCCACACAUGAAUUUAAACCAUACUGUAUUUCAGAUUAAAAAAAAUUCUAUUCCCUUAUUUUUAAAUUUGUACUUACAAAGUGUAAACAUUUGAAUAUAUUCGUAAAAAGUGAACAAAGGGUUAUUUAUAUGAUAGACUAAUACCGGCAGUUCUGAAUGUUUAUUCAAUGUAAACUAUUGGUUGUUUAUUGUCAACGUGACUGGCUCUAGUUUUGCAUCAAGUGAUUAGCUUAAAGACUGGGAACAAUUAGCUUCACUCUGUGCAAAGUCCAAAAGCAUAAAACAGGUCGCCAGCAAUAAAUAGUUACAGCACA